GCGGCGGCGCCAGCCCACGCCCAUUCCUAGAAUGACUGGAAUGUGAGGGUUCCUCGAUCCUGGACUGAAGCUCAUCCUGGGUCCCAUCCACCUGUCUCCCACACCCAGUCCUGAGGUCCCCUUUCCGCCACAUAUCCUUGGACCCUUGUGGAGAGUCUGCCUGCAUGGAUCCCGAACCUCCUGAGCCCUCGGCCGGCGUCGUCGCGGCUCCAUGCCCGUCCCCCGGCCCGCAUUCUGGGCCUCCUGACCAGUGUCCUAGCGCAGGGGGCGACUCAGGUUCCGCAGGCACCAUGAGCCAAGACACCGAGGUGGACAUGAAAGAGGUGGAGCUGAACGAGCUGGAGCCUGAGAAGCAGCCGAUGAACGCGGCGUCGGGGGCGACCGUGGCCGCGGCUAGCGACGCCGAGAAGAACGGUCUAGUGAAGAUUAAGGUGCCUGACAACGAGGCGGAGGAGGCCAAGUUCACCGGCUUGUCUAAGGAGGAGCUGCUAAAGGUGGCGGGCAGCCCCAGCUGGGUGCGCACCCGCUGGGUGCUGCUGGUGCUCUUCUGGCUCGGCUGGCUGGGCAUGCUGGCGGGUGCCGUGGUCAUCAUUGUGCAGGCACCACGCUGCCGCCAGUUGCCCACGCAGAGAUGGUGGCAGAAGGGCGCCCUCUACCGCAUCGGCGACAUUCAGGCCUUCCAGGCCCAGGAGGCGGGCAAACUAACCGGCCUGACUGAGUAUCUGGAUUAUGUGAGCACCUUGAAGGUGAAGGGCAUUGUGCUGGGCCCAGUUCACAACAACCAGAAGGAUGAUCUGGCUGAGACCAACUUACAGCAGAUUGACCCUGCUUUUGGCUCCAACAAAGAUUUUGAAAGUCUCCUGCAGUCGGCCAAAAAAAAGAGCAUCCGGGUCAUUCUGGACCUCACUCCCAACUACAGGGGCCAGAACUCAUGGUUCCUCCCCACUCAGGUUGACACUGUGGACACGCAGAUGCAGGCUGCUCUGAAGUUUUGGUUGGAGGCUGGUGUGGAUGGGUUCCAGGUUCGCUACGUGGAGAAUCUGACAAAUGCGUCCACGUACUUGGCUAAGUGGCAGAACAUUACCCAGAACUUCAGUGAAGACAGGCUCUUGAUUGCAGGGACUGACUCCUCCGACCUUCAGCAGAUCCUGAAGCUGCUCAACUCUACCGAGGACCUGUUGUUGACUAGCCCAUACUUGUCAAGCGCUGGCUUUACUAAGGAGCAUGCAAAACCCCUAGUCACCGAGUAUUUGAAUGCUGCUGGCAAUCACUGGUGCAGCUGGAGUUUGUCUCAGGCUGGUCUCCUGACUUCCUUUGUGCCAGCUUCCCUUCUCCGACUCUACCAGCUGCUGCUCUUCACCCUGCCGGGGACCCCCAUUUUCAGCUAUGGGGAUGAGAUUGGCCUGGAGGCGGCUGCCCUUCCGGGACAGCCUGCAGAGGCCCCGGUCAUGCUGUGGAAUGAAUCCAGCUUCCUCAGCACCUCCAGACCGAGUUCUGGAUCAGUAAGCGCCAACAUGACUGUGAAGGGCCAAGAUGGAAUCCCUGGUUCCCUCCUCUCCCUGUUCCGGCAGCUGAGUGGCCUGCGGAGCAAGGAGCGUGCCCUGCUGCACGGGGACUUCCAUGCACUCUCCUCAGGGACUGGCCUUUUCUCCUACGUCCGCCAGUGGGACCAGAACAACCGGUUCCUGGUAGUGCUCAACUUUGGGAACGUGCGUGUCCCGGCCACAUUGGAGGCUGACAGCCUGCCUAGCAGUGCCAGCCUGCCAGCCAAGGCUGAACUCCUGCUCAGCACUGAGCCGGGCCGGAAGGAGGGCGUCUCCCUUGAGCUGCAACAACUGAACCUGGAGCCCAAUGAAGGGCUGCUGUUCAGUUUCCCCUCCGUGGCCUGACCCCCAGCCUGAUCGGGACCCCUUUCUCUUUCCUUCCCAAGCCCUUUUUUUUUAUUGUUACAGAUGUUAGG